CACUGAGUCAUUGUGAUUGGUCCGUUGAAAGUUCAAAUUUUAUUUGAAGUAAACCGUUGGACAGUACUAGACGUCGUCUGUUCCAACUUCCACACAAAUAAAGGAAGUAAUCGAAGUGAACAAAGGUAGUCUAGUGAGAGCAGAUUUGAAAAAUGACGUCCACAAGUUACAAUGUUGGCCUGGCAGACAGCAAGAAUUCCAGUAGGGUGCUUAAACCUCCAGGCGGCGGACAUUCUGACAUAUUCGGCAUCAGAAGCGAUCCUCAGGAGUUAAUGACUCCAUCUAAGAAAAACCAGCCGACAUCGCAGAUUUCGGAAUGCUUCACACACAUGGAUCCACCAAAGAAUAACGAAAAGACUGAAAAUGAGGCGGGCACCGUUGAUGAAAAUGUAGCUCCUGAAGAGAAAAUUAAGAAAAUUGAUGAAGUGGAAGCACCAAAAGCCAGGACUCGUGUACCUCCUGGUGGCUAUUCCACUGCUCUUUGGUAAUAAUUUAUUGUGUGAAAUGUGUGUUUUUAACCAAGUGUAAUUUUAAUUAACCAAAAAGUCUGAUUUAAUAAAUAUUUUAUAUUUAUCAUAAA